AGCUUUGCUCAAAUGCGAACAUUCAUCAAGUGCUCCGCUGGUUGAAGUCCCAAUGUCUUCACCUGCAUCAGCGAGAACAUCUGGAACAGGCUUUGGAGACAGACUCGCCUUCGGUUCAGGCAGGCUCGGUGUGGACGAAGUCGGGCGACGUCAAGAAGAAUGGGAGAAGGAAAUCGAAAGUCUGGAUCAGAAGGAGAUGGAGUUGCAUCAGUCGCAACUUCGAUUGAUCCGGGAACAAACUGCAAUUUUCAUACGUGACCUGGCGGUCUUGCAGGGUGAGGUUUCUGCUUUGAAAGAGAAUCUGGGCAUCGGCCUUUCGUCCAACCUCGCACCUCUGCAGAAUGACAUGAGAGAACAGAAGGCUAAGUUGACGUCACAGGAGCAAAUGAUGGCAUCGGCGCAAAAGCGGAUGGACUACCUGGAGCGCAUGCUGGGCGAGUCAGUUGAACGUCAUACCCAAGACCUCGAAUCUGCCAAAUCAGCCCACGCCAGGCUUGCUGACGAAAGCAAAGUCCGCGAGGCCCAUCAUGCAUCUGUGGCUGAACGCCUCAACUACAUCGAACAGCUGGUUGGCGACUCCUUUGAAAGACAUUCAAAGGAGAUUCAAUCUUCUCACACUCGUUUGGAAACAAUGCACUCAAGACUCACAGCAUGUGAGACAGAUGCAACUCAAAAUUCACUGCGGGACCGUGUCGAAUUCUUGGAGAAGUUCUUGGGUGAAUCAGUGGACAAGCACUCGCAGGGACUCCAGGCAGCUCAUUCCAAGCUCGAAGACAUGCACGGUACGUUGAAGGAACAAAUGUCAACCAGGAUGGAGAAGUUGCAUGGGAGCAUUCAGGAAAGGCUUGAGCGCCUCGAGAAACAGUUUGGACAAGAACAUGAUCGAAGAGAAAAGGAAACCGAGGCCCGUUUGGCUUUCUUGGAGCAGCAGUUUGGUGGUUCGCUGGAGACUCAUGCUCGAGAGCUCAAGCAAGUGAAAAGCCAAGUAGAGCAGGCCCAUCAAAAGCUGGGGAAUCAUCACAGCUCUUUGCAACAGCAUGCUACAUUGGGAGACAGAGUCGACUAUCUGGAAAAGUUGAUGGGCGACUCUGCCGAUAAACAUGCAAACGAGAUUGGACAGGCUCACACGAAGCUUGAUCAGCUCCGAGGCCGCCUCACGGCUUUGGAGGCUGUUGGUGUAACUGUGGAAAGCAUGAAGCAGAACCAUUUCGUUCUCAUGACGGAGAAGGCAAAACGUGAUGCUCAUCAUGCCUCCCUUUCAGAGCGCGUGGACUACAUUGAGAAGCAGCUGGGGGACUCCGCAGAUCAGCAUGGUCAAGACUUGAAAGCCGCCCAUGCAAAGAUGGAGCAAAUGCAUGGCCGACUUGCAGCUUGUGAGGCGCACGGCAGCCACAUUGACAGCGUCCGCAAAGCACACGAGAAAUUCUUGUCUGACCAGGCCAGCCGUGAUACAUCUCACGCAACCCUGGCCCAGAGAAUGGAAUAUAUUGAAAAGAUCGUUGGGGAUUCGGCUGAGCACCACAAAAAGGAACUUCAAGCCACGAAACAUGCCCAGGAGCAACUUCAUGCGCGCUUGCAUGAAGAAAAGCAACUCCGGGAGCAGGCACAUGCCAACUUUGAGGGGAAGCUCAGUACGGAACGUGAGGGACGUGGAGCGCACCAUGCCACCAUGGAGGAGCGGCUACAAAAGCUCGAGCGGGCAAUCGGAGAGCAUCACGAAACCGCAUCGCAACUUAGAGAUCACCUCCGCAAUGAGGUCAAAGAACAUCUCAGCAAUGAAAAGGCAGCUCGCGAAAGACAUCAAACUCAUGUCCAAGACUUGCUAAGUAGGGAAAAAGAGGCCAGAGAUAAGCUUCAUGAACAUCACCAAGAUUUGCUUGGGCGAGAGCGCGCAGCUAAUGAGAAUCGGCAUCGAGAUGUACAUGAAGUAAUCCAAAAAGAACGUAGUGCUCGCGAGCAGCACCACAACAUGCUGCAUGACAUCGUUCACAAGGAGAAGGCAGCGCGUGGAGCAAUGGAGGAAUUGCUGGCUGCAGAGAAGGCAGAGAGAAGUAAACAUCACUCGUCUCUCUCAGAACAAGUAAACUCUGUGCAGAAGACUCUGGGCAUAUUCGACAGUUUGCUGCGGAAGGAGAUAGAUGAACGAACCAAAGAGCAUCGGCGCCUGGGGGACGACCUCUCUUCACAGGUUUCCGCUUUGAAAGAGAACUUGGGGCUUGGCCUUUCUUCCAACAUUGCACCCAUGCAGAGCGACGUGAAAGAGCAGAAGGCCAAAUUGAUGUCACAAGAGCAAAUCAUCGCGAAUACUCAAAAGCGUGUGGACUACCUUGAGCGACUGUUGGGCGAAUCUGCAGAACGCCAUGAACGCCAUUCUCAAGAUCUUGAGUCCGCCAAAUUGUCCCACGCCAGACUAGCCGAUGAAGCCAAAGCCCGGGAGGCUCAUCAUGCCUCUAUGGCGGAACGUCUCAACUACAUCGAACAGCUGGUUGGUGACUCCGUUGACAAACAUGCCGAGGGCAUCCAGGCUGCCCAUUCAAACAUCGAAAAGCUCAAAGGCAAUUUGCAAGAACAGAUGUCCAGCAGGAUGGAGAAGCUGCACGGAAGCAUGCAGGAGAGGCUUGAGCGGCUUGAGAAACAGUUUGGUCAAGUGGACGAUCGCAGAGCAAAGGAGACUGAGGCCCGUUUGGCUUUCUUGGAGCAGCAGUUUGGUGGUUCGCUGGAGACUCAUGCUCGAGAGCUCAAGCAAGUGAAAAGCCAAGUAGAGCAGGCCCAUCAAAAGCUUGGGAAUCAUCACAGCUCUUUGCAACAGCAUGCUACAUUGGGAGACAGAGUCGACUAUCUGGAAAAGUUGAUGGGCGACUCUGCCGAUAAACAUGCAAACGAGAUUGGACAGGCUCACACGAAGCUUGAUCAGCUCCGAGGCCGCCUCACGGCUUUGGAGGCUUUUGGGUCAACCGUGGAAAGCCUGAAGCAGAAUCACAGUGCUUUUAUGUCCGAGAAGGCAAGCCGUGAUUCACAUCAUGCAAGCCUGGCCCAAAGAAUGGAUUAUCUUGAGAAGAUAGUGGGGGAUUCGGCCGAGCACCACAAGAAGGAGCUUCAAGCGACAAAACAAGCCCAGGAGCAACUACAUGAUCGGCUCCAUCAUGAAAAACAACUUCGCGAGCAGGCACAUGCUGAUUUCGAGGGAAGGCUCAGUAUGGAACGUGAUGGACGUGGAGCCCACCAUGCCACACUGGAGGAGCGAUCGCAGAAACUGGAGCGCGUGGCCGCAGAGCAUCAGGAGAGUUUAUCCCAGCUUCGUGAUCACAUGCGUACCGAGGCGGCAGCUCGAUCUCAGCAACACGAUGCAAUCCAAGAGCAGAUUGGACAAGAGCGUCGCCUGCGAAAAGUUCACGAGCAAAAUAUUCAAUCCCACUUAGGGACCGAGCGAAAAGGGAGAGAAGUGCACGAGAACUUGGUGAAGGAAAGUCUCAGCAACGAGAAGGCAGCUCGAGAGAAGCAUCUUACUCAUGUCCAAGACUUGCUAAGCAGGGAAAAAGAGGCCAGAGAUAAGCUUCAUGAACAUCACCAAGAUUUGCUUGGGCGAGAGCGCGCAGCUAAUGAGAAUCGCCAUCGAGAUGUACAUGAAGUAAUCCAAAAAGAACGGAGUGCUCGUGAGCAGCACCACAACAUGCUGCAUGACAUCGUCCACAAGGAGAAAGCAGCUCGCGGAGCUAUUGAGGAACUUCUGGCGCAGGAAAAAGCAGAGCGAAGCAAACAUCACUCAUCAUUCGAAGAACGAGUCGACUCUGUGCAGAAGACGCUGGGAAUAUUUGACAGUCUGUUGCGGAAGGAGAUAGAGGAAAGAAGCAAGGAGUACCGGCGAUUGUGGGAUGCGAUUGACACCCAUACGCAUGACCUCUCCACGCAGGUCAUUGGAGAAGGCGGAUACGCGCCAGAGAUCACAGUCUCUGAUCCUGCAGGUUAUCGGCGAUAUCCAGCAAUUUCCACUUCAGCCUCAUUAGCGCAGCCAGCGAUGCCAGCAACAACAUGGACGCCUACAGUGCAGCCACUGCAGCCCGUUUAUCAGGAACCAGUUGUGACAAGCUUGACGCCACAGACACCAGCUGUUCGCCAGUUCCAGCCGAUGGUGCCAGUUCAACCAGCUGCGUCUUGGGGAAUGCAAGGAAAGUGAUCGGCCAAUGCUGCUGAUUCAUCUUUGCAAUUACGCUGAGCCAAUACUGUACAUACCUGUAUGAUAGUCUGAAAUGGUUUGAAAUUGAGCGUCCUUUCAUGACUAGCUGAUUUAUAGAAUGCACAUAAUAUCCACUAUUCCUCGCUUGAGGUUUGAUAGCAGAUUGAUUGAAUGAUUGCUGAUCACCAUUGCCACAGAAUGCCACAAACGGCAUCACUUUGAGCCAAUGAAUCUAAACGCUAGAUUGUGCAAUGUUUUGCAUCGUUUCUGCAAUGAGUCCAGAAAAA